AUGCCAACUCCUUCCAAGCCAACCUCUUCCACCAACCCACAAAGCCAGAUUCAAACCGGCCUCCCAGUAUACGAAUGCUGGUUCUGCAUCUCUGAAUGGGAAGGUUUCAGCGCCCUCCUCGCCCACCUCGAAACCGGCAAAUGCGUGAUGCCCAAUAAGAUCCGGUCCCUGGCCUUUGAAAGUCCCGAGUAUGGCUUCUAUGGUCAUCGCCUCACUGAUGAAAAGGCCUUCUUCUGCUUCCAGUGUAAAUCCAACUUCUCGCAGAUCUCGGAUCUUUAUCGUCAUGCUGAGCACUCUGCUAGGUGCUCCUACCUUCUGAGUGAGAAGCAUUGUCUGGGUUGUUUGCGGGACUUUUACAUUGAGUACUAUGAUUGUCCUGGUACAAAUAGUAUGGGAUACUAG